GUUUUGCAGAGAAACAGAGAAGACAGAAGGAAAGGCAGAAUGCGACGGUUGAUGUUGAUCUCAUUCUCACCUUCAACUCUCCUUCGACUUGCACCCUUUCAAACCCAAACCCUUCAAUGCUAUCUUUGCACAACCACAAUUACAGAAAAGCCUCGCCCUGUUCUGGAACACGAACUCGAUCAUUCCACCGUUCGCGAAACGCUACUCUCAUUCAACAAUGAUUGGAAGCGCGCCCUCGAUUUCUUCAACUGGGUAGAGUCCCACUGUCACUUCCACCACUCCACCGACACCUACAACCUCAUGCUCGACAUUCUCGGCAAGUUCUUCGAGUUCCCCCUAUGUUGGGACUUGAUUCACCGAAUGCACACGCGCCCCUCUUCUCCCCCCAACCAUGCCACCUUCCGCGUCAUGUUCAAACGCUACGUCUCAGCUCACGCCGUCGACGAUGCCAUUCACACUUUCAACCGCCUCCGGGAGUUCAAUUUGAAGGACCCCACUUCCUUCUCCAACCUCGUCGACGCCCUCUGCGAGUACAAGCACGUUCUGGAGGCUCAAGAUUUGGUUUUUGGCAGCAACAAUAGUUUUGACGUUGAUGGGGUUGGCAACACCAAGAUCCACAACAUGGUUCUUCGUGGUUGGUAUAAAUUAGGGUGGUGGGGUAAGUGCAAGGAGUUUUGGGAGGAGAUGGAUAGAAAAGGGGUUCAUAAGGAUUUGCACUCUUAUUCAAUAUAUAUGGAUAUUUUAUGCAAAGGGGGAAAACCUUGGAAGGCUGUGAAAUUGUUCAAGGAGAUGAAGGGAAAAGGUAUCCAAUUAGAUGUGGUGGUAUACAACAUUGUUAUUCGAGCCGUUGGUCUUUCCCAAGGGGUUGAUUGUUCGAUUAGGGUUUUCCGUGAAAUGAAGGAGUCAGGGAUCAAUCCCAGUGUUGUUACCUAUAACACCAUGAUAAGGCUUUUGUGCGAUAGCUAUAGACACAAGGAGGCACUUGCAUUGCUUCAUACCAUGCGUCACAAUGGUUGCCACCCUAAUGCUGUUUCUUAUCAUUGUUUUUUUGCUUCCAUGGAGAAGCCUAAACAGAUAAUUGGCUUGUUUGAUGGCAUGAUUGGCGGUGGAAUUCGACCCAGCAUGGACACCUAUGUCAUGCUUCUGAAGAAGUUUGGGAGGUGGGGGUUUCUUCGGCUGGUUUUUAUAGUUUGGAAUAGAAUGGAACAACUUGGGUGUAGUCCUGAUGCGUCUGCUUACAAUGCUUUGAUAGAUGCUCUUGUGGACAAGGGGUUGAUAGAUAUGGCUAGGAAGUACGAUGAAGAGAUGUUGGUUAAAGGACUUUCUCCUAAGCCCAGGAGAGAGUUGGGGACAAAGCUGUUGGGAGGAGAAUCUGCUGAUGAAUAGCUUACAUACGCCCAAGAGUAGAAUUGAAGUUCAGAGGCUUGCAUACGACAACAUUACUUGAAAUAAUCUUUCUUUGAAUCCUAACAUUAAGACCCCAUUUUUCUUCUUCCCUCCUCUCCUCCUUUUAACCACUUAGCUCAGAAUCAGAAAUCAGUCUAUCCCCCACCCCCUUUCUGUAUAUGAUCAGACUCUGAGUUCCCAGUUUUUGUAUAUGAUAUAGAAGAUUUUCUGAUGAGGAGUGUUAUUCCCCUUUUUAAUCUGAUUAUUUAUGGUCAAUAUCUUUGAAGAUGCUUGAAAUUGGAGACUAAACCCCAGCAAAACCUUGGACAACCGUCAAAUUAAUUUGGCCAUGACAAUGAAUCGGCCAAUCCAGGUUAGCAUUUAAGAGGUUUUCCUGUGGUGUGUAUUGGGGUAUUUCAAAAGUUUCUUAGGGAACAAGUCCUACAUCUACAAGCCAAGGAGAGAAACUCAAUUUAUAUAUCAUCAUUCACCUUAGACUCGUAAAAAGGAGCUAAAGACUCAUAUUGGAGGUGUUUAAUUUUAGCCUGUUUUCGAAUUUUUUUACCAUUAUUUUGCAGCUUCUUCUGUGCACCUCUCUUGUAUCUUUCUUUCUUUCUUUCUUUCUUUUUCCUGUGACCGUGUGAGCCUCGGAUUUGUCCGAAUAGCUUCUUGCACUUGUAUUCUAAGGGAAAUUCGUAACUUGCAAGUUUACAUUGUGAUGAGAGCAAAUCUUUUAGGUCAGUGUUAUCACAAAAGAAAACAAAAUCUGAACUAAUUAGUGUAAUAUGUUCGUAUAUUUUAAUUUAAUUUGACUAGUUA